AUGGCAAACCGCACGAACACCUACAAUCACUACGGCGGCCGACGCCGCCGGGGUGAGAACAGCGGUUAUGCUCCUUGGGAGAAUGGCAACUGGCAGUGGAGGCGUGAUGACUGGCGCCGCACGCCGAAACCUUCAACGGCGGCUGCAAACUUUGACAUGAAUCGUGCUCAGGACCUGGUGCACAAGUAUCGCACUGCAGGAGAAGAGCUCUACAAUCACGCCGUUCAUGCACGCACCCCCAAUCAUCCAGAAACGUGCAUGGAAGACGUCGUGCCAGAGAUGCCAAGCCCAGUUACAUGGACCAACAUGGUGAAUGCAGGCAUGCCAAGUUACUCAUACCAGCAGCCAAUGAUGCACGAUGGCUUCGGAUGGGCAGAGUGGCCAGGCUUCAUCAACGUGCCACAGGCGGCACCAGUUCCCGCCGUCAUGUCCAUGAAUUACGAGUGCAAAGUCCAGCACAUCAUCGACAGCAUCGUGCAGCUGCAAGGCAUGGGCCCUCAGCAAGUGGCUCAACUCCUCAAAGACACCGCUGCUGCACAGGGCCAAUACGAAGACUGA